AAGCCGGGUCCUUUUCUAGGGCGGUCGCACGGGCAGCGGCGGUACGAAGCUCGCCUCAGCCAACAUGUACUACAAGUUUAGCAGUUUCACACAGAAGUUGGCUAGAGCUUGGGCUUCGGAAGCUUAUGCUCCGCAGGGAUUAAAGCCGGUUUCCACAGAAGCACCGCCUAUCAUAUUUGCCACACCAACCAAACUGACCUCCACUGCGACAGCAUAUGAUUAUGCUGGUAAGAACAAAGUCCCAGAGCUACAGAAGUUCUUCCAGAAGGCUGAUGGCGUGCCCAUCCACCUGAAGCGCGGCCUUCCCGACCAAAUGCUGUACCGGACCACCAUGGCUCUGACUGUGGGAGGGACCAUCUACUGCCUGAUCGCCCUCUACAUGGCCUCACAGCCCAGGAACAAAUGAGUCUGCCUGUGGAGACUGGUUCACACUGGCUCACUGUGUGGUGCGACCCUUUGAAUUCUCACGUUUCAUGUUUUCCACUUGGAUAGUCUACUUAACAUUUUUUCAAACAAAGGAAAAGAUAAGAAUACACUGUUUUGGUUUGUUUCUGGCGUGCAGAUGGCCUGUCAGAUGUCAAAGCUUGUUUGACAGUUAGAACUAUUGUUUAAGGAGGUGACACUGAGCCAUCACUGAGCUGUGUUUCUGCUCCUGACUUCCCUGGAGAUUCUGGAUGAAAGUUGCUUACGAGCUCAGUGGUGACCAGCAGAGCUCAGGGCCUCCGGCCUCAGGCAUGUCUAAGCAGGAAGCACAGAAAGCUUCUGGGUGUAGGUGCGAUUGAGGAAGGAAGGAAGAUAAAAGCCAGGGGACAGGUGGGUGAACUGAGGGCUUGAGUCAGCCACCUAGGGGACUGCUCGCCCUGCAGAAAAAUGUUAAAGGAAAUUAUUCGAAACCUGCCUCUAUUUGUCGGGCAGUUUGUUUCAAAGGGUUGUUUGCCUCCCCCAGACCUUAGGGGAACGUAUUUGUUCCAUCAUGGGAAAGAACACCUGUCAGUGUUGCACUUUAGACAGCUGUACCAGGAAUUCUCCUUUAAUAAUGCUGUGGCUUUAAGUUAUGAUUUACUUGACUGCAGAAUAAAUACAUGAAUAAAGA